GUGCUGAAAGAACUAAUGUGUCGACUUUUUCUCAGGUAUCCAAAAGCUAUUGAGAUUUAUGAAGAGAUAGCCCGGCAGUCACUCAAUAGCAACUUGUUGAAGUAUGGAGUUAAAGGGCACCUUCUUAAUGCUGGCAUUUGCCAACUCUGCAAGGGUGAUGUUGUUGCAAUCAACAAUGCUUUAGAGCGAUACGAGGAACUGGAUCCUACCUUCUCUGGAACACGUGAAUACAAAUUGCUAGCGGAUCUGGCUGCUGCUAUUGAUGAGGAAGAUAUUGCCAAGUUCACUGGCGCUAUCAAGGAAUUUGACAGUAUGACGCAGCUGGAUGCUUGGAAGACGACUCUUCUAUUAAGAGUGAAGGAGGCCUUGAAGGCCAAAGAGCUGGAGGAGGAUGAUCUUACUUAAAUUUGCUUUCUCAAAUCCCACAUUAUUUCUGCUGAUGAUUUUGUGGUUGAUGGUUGUGUCUAUUAUGAAUUAUUACUUUGGGUUUGUGUGUUUAUUACAAACUGGAUUUUCUUAUUUGGAGUGAAUUCGAAUGCACCCUUUACCAUGAGUUUGUAACCGUUGUCUUUUUUAUACUUCAUCAUUUUUUUGUUUUCAGAAACUACUUACAGCUCUUUAAUGUAUGUUUGUUUUCUUUCAUUUGGAGGAA